UUUUGAGAUUUAUUGUGGACUGGGGAGAUGGAUACUUCCUUCCCCUCUCAAACAUCACCAGAACAUCCCAAAUCUCCUCUCACUCGAAACCCUAGCCAUAGCCCCAUCCUUUCUCGUCCUCUCACUCUCCCACCUUCUUCAAAACCCAGAUCUCAAUUCCUCGGUUACUAGGCAUUUCAGCAAUCCCAUCACCAUACAUGAACUAUGGAAACGAUAUUGAUUCCGAGAAUAAUGGAGAGAGUGCUACGUGUUGGAGUCCGAUGAAGAUGAGGAUAUAAGGAAGACCCCGUCAAAGCUUAUUUUCUGUAUACCAGAUUCAUGGUUUUGGCAGUAUCAAUUUGAAGAGCAUGCAAGCUGAGAAUUCAAGCAAUGUUAUUCCUCCGAUCUCUCGCUCAUCAAAUUAUAUCGACCUUAGAUUUUGCAAUUUCCCUUCAGAAGCUACUGUUGAUGGUUUGGUUGAAGAAUUCACAUAUAUAAAUCAUGGAAUGGAGAAAACUGGUACUUUCACAAUGGAUGGGAAGAAAAUCUUUCAACUGGUUGGGAAGGCAAAUUCAAAUCUAGCGGAUGUAAUUCCCAAAGUCGGUCUUUUUGAGAGAUCAGAAAUUGCUUGGAGAGAUGCAAAAUAUGCUCAAAUCUUCUCAGCAGCUAAAAUGGAAAACAUGUAGAAAGCUCACAACAAAAUUUUGGAAUGAUGGAAGUUCAGAACAGGGAGCAAUGGUAGUGCUUAAUACUGAUACAGGCUUUGUAUACUUGGAGACUCAUUUUUAUAUGAUGAGACAUGCGCGACUCUCUCAAAUUCGACCUAUCGUUGGACGGAUAUAACCUGGGCACCAGCACUCUUGGAAACCACUAAUCAGAUCAAGCUGUAAAAUUGGCAUGCUGCUUCAGAAAUAAAACUACAGACAAUACCCUCUCUUUUGGGAAGAAAUCUAAAAAUGUUGGUGGUUAAUUCCAGUUAUUUUCACUUGUAAAUGACAGACUCCUGCUAGUCAAACAUUGUCGUAAUACAACUUCUUGAUUGAAGAAGAAGAAGAAGAAGAAGAUUAUGGAAUGUAUGCUCAGAUAUUGGCUGUGCCAUUUUACUCCAAUUUUGUUACUUCCAUUUCA